AUGUCCUUCAAACGUGUACAUGAGGGCAGGUUUAACAAGGUUAUCUUUGCUGUUUUUUUAGAGGAUCAUGGAAAAGUUAUCACACUCCUUCAUAUAAAGGACAGAGGGACAUUAGGUUUGGGAAAAUGCCUACAAGAGCUUGAUCCAGAACAUCAUGAACCAGACUGGCAGUUAGAAAGAAUUCUUAUCUUCUGCCAGGUUUAUUUUAUCUUCUUAUUUAAGGCAAUGAUUAGUCUUUUAUAUGCCCCUACCCGAGCCCAGUAUAUGGAUAUUUUAGAGCAAUUACUAGGUAAACAAACCCACCAAAAAUUAUAUGCUUUUAGUAGGAAGCACCUACCAAUUCUAAAGGCAGUUACUAGGUCUCCAUCCCUAGCCCAGAUUGCUUCUCAGAACUAUCGCAAUCAGCAGGCUAGCCAUGAACAACAUAUACUUGAUCUUCUACAAAGUUUUUCUACAGUAUCUUGUUAA